AUGCAACCAAAUUUUGCAAGUGAUUUUGGCUUGAGCCAAAACAAUGCAUCUUCAAUUCAGUUUAACAGAUUCAUCUCUAAUAAUCCCUUCUACCAUCAUCUUCAAGUUGAUCACGACUUCAACUCGCCAGACGAAGUGGAUGAACUACAGAUUAGUCUCAUUAACGAGAGGAAACAGAGGAGAAUGAUAUCUAACAGAGAGUCUGCACGACGAUCACACAUGAGAAAGCAGAAACACCUUGAUGAACUCAGGUCACAAGUGGUUUGGCUGCGAAAUGAGAAUCAACAACUCCUUGACAAACUUAACCAAAUGUCAGAAAUCCAUAGUAAUGUCGCUCAAGAGAAUUCCCAACUCAAAGAGGAGAUUUCUGAACUCCGACAGAUGCUCACUGACAUGCAGCUGACCUGGCCUUCUCCUAAGAGUUAA